AUGGAGCUCUGCAUGGAAGCAAAGGCUUUGAAAUCAAGUUUACGCAGAGAACUGGCCUUGAAGUCGAACCAGCAAGCUUUGAUUGAUGAGUUUUGGUGCGCCACUGGAAUUUCUGGUGUACCCAGUGAAGAUUUUUCAGUGGACGACCUUCUUGACCUCUCUAAUGGCGAAUUCGAAGAUGGGUCUGUUGAAGAAGAAGAAGAAGAAAAAGACUCAGUUUCUGUGGAUGAUGAAAGUUCCAAUUCAAGUAACUUUGUCUCUGCCGACUCCGAGUCUUCUCUGGCCAGCCAACUCUUAGUCCCGGAUGAUGAUUUAGCAGGCCUUGAAUGGGUUUCUCACUUUGUGGAUGAUUCUGUGUUAGACCUCUCUCUGCUUCACCCAGUCGGUACCCAAAAACCAGAGGCUCUUGCUUUGACCCGGUCUGAAGCGGAGGCCAAGCUGGUUCAAUCAACACCCACAUGGUUUCCUUCGCAAGUUCCAGUGAAACCCAGGACCAAGCGUUGCAGAGCGGCCAGUCGAGUUUGGUCGUACCCGUCUUCGUCUUCACCAUCGUCGUCGUCUUCUUGUUCUUCUGGGUUUUCAUUUUCAACGCCUUGUCUUAUCUUCAACAACCCGGUUCAGAGCACGGACGUGUUUGUCGGUGAACCGGCGACCAAGAAACAGAAGAAAAAACCGGCGGUUCAAACCGGGGUCGACGGUUCAGUUGGGGUACAGUUUCAGAGGAGGUGUAGUCAUUGCCAUGUUCAAAAGACCCCACAAUGGAGAACCGGUCCACUUGGUGCCAAAACUCUAUGUAAUGCGUGCGGGGUCCGGUUCAAGUCUGGUCGGCUUUUUCCGGAGUAUAGACCCGCAUGCAGUCCGACUUUUUCUGGUGACGUCCACUCGAAUAGUCACCGCAAAGUGUUGGAGAUGAGGAAGAGAAAAGAGGCGGGCGGACCCGAGCCCGGGUUGAACCGAGUAAUUCCGAGUUUUUGA